UACAGUUUUAGUCACUUCCUUGUUGGCUUCACGAGAAAGAGCGCGAGGUUGCCGCUCGGUGUCAGCUACAGCAGGCAUGACACUGCAACGGUACGUGCAUGCGCAUUUGCGCGUGUAUUCGCGGGCGCGCUCUCUGCUUCGCGGUUAAAAAGUCCGGUGGUCUCUGCAGUCGAGCUUUGAGCUUACUGAUUAGAUCCACAGGAAAAUUUCUGAAGGGUUGAACUGAAGAAACAGGUGACAUGGACUAUUACAAGCAUAGCAAUUUAAGGAGGAAGGCUAGGAAAAGAGUGGAUAAUUUAAUGCAAAAAAUAGUCACUCUGCCAUCUGGUAAAGAAGGCGAGAGCAUUAACCAGCAUCUUGAAAGUCACAUUGAUGAGCCUGAGCUUAAUAGGGAAGGAUGUCAACAAGACAUGCGAGAACCCCUUGAUAGCCUGAUUGAAGAGAUUGUGCUCAAUAGGGAAGGAUGUCUUGAUAUGGAAGACAGCAUUGGCUGUAGUGGUUCUAGCAGUGUGAAGAGCGACCAUGAAAUUUUAUUGGGCAGCUUAGGUGACUGGGCAGUUAGAUUUGGGGUGUCUUUGGUGGCUCUGUCAGCCUUACUGUCAAUUCUUAGGAUAUACUUUCCCUUCCUGCCAAAGGAUGGAAGGUCACUGCUUAAAACAAAGACAGACUACAAAGUGGAGAUGCUUGCUGGUGGCUCAUUUCACUAUUUUGGUAUAGUGAAUGUUGUCCAAAGAAAGUUCACCAGGUUAUUAUCCUCUUUUCCAGAAGGCUAUGAAUUUCUUUUACAGCUAAAUUUUGAUGGAUUACCUCUUUUUAAAAGCUCAUCCAUUCAGUUUUGGCCCAUUCUGGGUAAAUUACCAAGACUCUCCAAAAAGCCUUUUGUGAUAGCAUUGUUUUGUGGGACAGCAAAGCCCAAAACACUGUCUGACUAUCUAAAACAUUUAGUUCAAGAGCUGAAAAGCAUCAGUACUGGCUUUGUUUGUCAGGGCAAAACAUUUCUCUUGAAAGUUUGUUCUGUUAUUUGUGAUGCACCAGCAAGGGCAUUUAUCAAAGGUAUCAAGUCCCACACUGGAUAUUAUGGCUGUGAUAAGUGCUUACAAAGAGGAAUAUACACAAAUCACCGUAUGACAUUUCCUGAGCUCACUGCUGCAUGUAGAACAGAUGAAUCCUUUAGAUUAGAAGCAAAUGAAGAUCACCACCUUACUCAUUGUCCUCUGGUAGAUACUGGAGUUGAUAUGGUUGCUGGUUUUCCCCAUGAUUACAUGCACUUAGUGUGUUUGGGUGUUAUGAGGAGACUUCUUGAACUGUGGGUUGGCACUGCUGGCUCUUUGCGCACCAGAAUUUCGUCUUUGCAAGCAUCCUUAAUCUCUGAUAAACUUUUGGCAUUAGCACAUCAUAUUCCAUCUGAAUUUGCAAGGAAACCUCGGGCACUCAAUGAGAGACUGAGGUGGAAAGCAACAGAACUGCGCCAAUUUUUGCUGUUCACUGGUCCUAUAGUUUUGAAAGGUGUCUUGCUGCCUCAAGUGUAUGAUAACUUCAUGCUUCUUUCUGUUGCUAUCUAUAUUUUGGUUAGCCCGCAGUAUUGUUUACAAUUGAACCACUUGGCUCAUCAUUUUCUUGUCUCAUUUGUGGAGCAUUAUGGCUUGCUAUAUGGUAAAGACCAAGUAGUGUACAACAUUCAUGGGUUAGUGCAUCUUGCUGGUGAUGUGAAGGUACAUGGCCAUUUAGAUGGUAUCUCUGGCUUCCCUUAUGAGAACUUAUUGGGUGAACUUAAGAGAAUGAUAAGGAAAGCUCACAAUCCUCUACCACAGGUUAUACGCAGGUUAUCUGAACAUGAACAGAGGGGCUGUGAUUUUGAUUCACCCAUUGAGCAGGAACCCUUUUUAAAAUCUCCACAUCAUGAUGGGCCAGUACCAGAGGGCCUUUUGGAAAAUGUCAGUCAGUUCAAGCAGUUGACAGCCGAUGGUGUCAUUCUAAAAACAUCAAGUAAAGAUGACUGCAUUGUCAUUGACGGGAACGUUGUUUCUGUGCAAAACAUAGUUAGUCAUGAAGACAAAGUGUAUGCCAUGUACCAGGAGUAUAGAGUCAAAGAAGCACUUUACAGUUACCCACUCGACUCAAAGGAACUGGGAAUAUACAUCGUCUCUCAUUUGUCUCCUGUGAUGCACUGUGUAGAGAUGGUUAAGCCUGUGCAAAAGUGUGUGCGGUUGCCCUUGGGAGACAAGUUUGCAGUGUUCCCUCUUCCUCACACAGAUUAAUCUGAAGCACUUGUCUAGUCUUUGUACAAAGUUUAUUAUAGUUGAUCGUUGUAGCAUCCUUUUAUUUAUCAUAUCUUUAGAGUUUUACUGGCUAAUCAGUUUACUUUUUUAUCAGGAGAUGUUUCUCAUUGUUAUUUUUGAAUCUACUAAUGAAGUGGAAGUAGUCCCUGACAUUUGGGUGAAAAAUAACACCUGUUUGUGGCCACCGUACAAACGUG